AUGGCCAACGUCAGCGUUAGAGUGCUCCCCUGCGACGGCGACGGCUUUUGCAUGGCCUGCAAAACGAAGCCGUCAGCCGAGGAGACGCUCACGUGCAAAACCUGCUACACCCCCUGGCAUGUGGCUUGCCUCGCCGUCCCCCCCGAAACCCUUGCCGAGACUCUCAUGUGGGACUGUCCCGACUGUGCUCCGCCGUCCGACGACCGACAGAUCGCCGGUAAUACGGUAGCCGACGGAGGAGAGGCCGGAAAUUCCGGCGAGCUGAUCGCGGCGAUCAGAGCCAUCGAGUCGGACGAGUCUCUGACCGAGCGGGAGAAGGCAAAGAGGCGGCAGGAGCUGAUGUCUGGAGGCGCGCGACCACCGUCCGAUGUGGUCGGCGCGAAUUCAGAGAAGGACGACAAAACCGUCGGUGAAAACGAUGGCCUCGAUAAUCUCGAGGUCGAUAUCAAGUGCUCGAUUUGCAUGCAGCUUCCGGAAAGACCGGUUACGACACCUUGUGGUCACAACUUCUGCCUCAAGUGCUUCCAGAAAUGGGUGAAGCAGGGAAAGCGAACCUGCGCGAAUUGCCGCCGCUCAGUCCCUCCGAAGAUGGCGAGCAACCCUCGCAUCAACUCUGUGCUUGUGGAGGCCAUCCGCAUAGCGAAGCAGUCAAACGGCUUCAUCGGAGAGGAACAACGAGCUAAGGUGGUUCACUAUGUCCAAAUCCAAAACCAGAACCGGCCUGACAAGGCUUUCACCACAGAGAGAGCCAAGAAGGCCGGCAAGGCCAACGCCGCGAGCGGCAGAAUCUUCGUGACCAUCCCGCCUGACCAUUUUGGACCCAUUCCGGCCGAAAACAACCCUGAGAAGAAGACGGGGGUGUUGGUUGGGGAGACUUAUGACGGCAGGAUAGAAUGUAGGCAAUGGGGGGUUCAUUUUCCGAUGAUUUCUGGGAUUGCCGGGCAGUCCAAACAUGGGGCCCAGUCGGUUAUUCUCUCUGGUGGCUAUGAAGAUGAUGAGGACCAUGGCGAGUGGUUUCUUUACACAGGGAGUGGUGGAAGGGACCUUAGUGGCAAUAAGCGUACAAAUAAGGCUCACACUUUUGAUCAGAAGUUUGAGCUGAGGAAUCAGGCACUAAGAGUAAGUUGCCUACAGGGUUACCCUGUUCGAGUUGUCAGAUCCAAGAAGGAGAAACGCUCCUCUUAUGCCCCGCCAGCAGGGCUACGAUACGAUGGAGUUUACAGAAUUGAGAAAUGUUGGACAAAACAUGGCAAACAAGGUUUUAAGGUAUGCAGGUAUCUUUUUGUUAGAUGUGACAAUGAACCUGCUCCUUGGACAAGUGAUAUUCAUGGAGACCGUCCAAGGCCUCUGCCAGUUAUUCCGGAGUUGGUGAAUGCGAUUGAUGUAACAGAAAGAAGGGUAGAACCUUCUUGGGACUUUGAUGAAGAAAAGGUUGCUGGAUGUGGAAAAGGGUUGGAAUGCUACCUCUGUCAUAAUGUUAUGACUCUCCCAAUUACUACGCCAUGUGCUCACAACUUUUGCAAAGAUUGCUUAGAGGGCGCCUUUGCUGGCAUAAGCGCAACGACACAGCGUACAUGCCAAGGCAGACGUACAUUACGGGCAAAGAAAAACGUGAUGAAGUGUCCUUCAUGUACGAAUGACAUAGCAGAUUUUCUUAACAAUCCACAGGUUAAUACAGAACUCAAGAAUAUCAUAGAAUCACUCCAGGUGAAAGCUGUUAAGUCAGAGGAAGGUGCUAAAGAGUCAAGUAAACAUACUGAUGGCUCACAUGAAAAGCCUGAUUUGGUUGCUGAAGACCUUGAAACUCGCAAUGUAAGUGAAGCGGCUCUGGACGAAGCCAAAGAAAGUGCUGACAUUUGUAUGACAGACGCAGAGAGACAUGAGGGCAAGGAGCUCUUUAAGCUGCAAGAUUCUGUUAACAGUGAGGUAGAACUUGGUCCGGUUGAACCUGCAAAGGCCAACAAGAAGGAACUGCAAGCAACUGCAGUUGAGAGAAACUUAAAGCAGACUCGCAAGCGAAAAAAGGCGAACAAUGGAGGUAAUGCCUUGGAUGUCGGGGCAAUGACUAGUAGCAAGAGGGGUAAAGUGGAAGCAGCUGCGUGA